AGCAAAGACAAACAAAGAGAUCAAAGAGGAUUGAGAAGCUAGAUAAUGGGGUUUCAGAUGCAAGACCUAGACCUGAUCUUGGUCCCUCCAGGGCUCUUUAUCAUGUUCACCUACCAUAUCUACCUUCUCUACCGAGUCCUAAAAUAUCCUUCAACAACAGCCAUCGGCUAUGAUAACCGCAACUGGAUGACUUGGGUUGAGAGAAUGAUGCAGGGUAACGCCAAUAAUGCAAGCAUAGCAGUAUCAGUGAUAUCGAACAACACAGUGAGUUCAAUCUACUUAGCUACCAUGUGCCUUUCACUGUGUGCUUUCAUAGGAGUAUGGGUGGGAAGCCCCUCCAGCAGCUCCUCUGGCAAAGUUGCCGUCGAUGUCACAUUUAUACUGGGAAACACAAGUCUGGCAACCAUUACCAUUAAAGACACAAGCAUGAUCUUUGCUUUCUUGCUGGCCUUUGGUGUAUUUGUUCAGUCAUUGAGGCACUACGUGCAGGCAAACUCCUUAAUAAGCAUGCCAAAUAAGGAUGUGCCGGUGAAGUAUGUGCAGAGAUUGGUGUUAAGGGGCAAUAAUUUCUGGCAUAUUGGACUAAGGCUUCUCUACUUAGCUAUGGCUUUAUUGUUUUGGAGUUUUGGGCCAAUGCCUAUGUUUGUAUCAUGUGUGGUUAUGGUCUUAAUUCUGAAUCACUUGGAUACCAAUAAGGAACCGGUGCAUUUGUAUCUGCGGGGGCCUAAGUUUUCGGUGAAGAAGAAAGUGGAGGAGGUGGUGGCUGUUAGGGCAUAGUGGAGGAGCACCAUGGUUGAGAAGGUGGCUUUUACUGUUAGGGCAACCGAACACCAUCUAGGGUUUGGUGUUGGAAUCACUUACUCUUAUUGGUCUGCUUCACGUACGGUCAGGUGGUCACAUGUGUCCUUUUUGCUACCUUAAAUACUUAUUCAUGUACUCUUAAUUGCUGCAUAUAUGAGACACAUGACAUUGCUUAUGGUUGUCAUGUCAUUUUUUUUUUUUCAAUGACCUUUGCAAAUGUUGUGGCCAAAGUAAGCUACAUUGCUUAGAAAUCCACUC